AGUACGUCAGGUCGUUCAUGGUGGGGCGAGCCUCUAGCAGACGAUGUUGAUUUAAACGAGGUUUCGUAAUGAUUGUUUUAGACAUUAACUAAAAAUGCCAAAUCUGAGGACUGAGGUUUUAAAAUCUUUCAAAACACUUCACCAGGCCAGAAAACGUGUUUUCCAAGGUGAUGAGGUUGCCCUUAAUGCUGCCCGCGCAAAAAUCAAUGAGGAGUACCGAAAAAACAAACACGUGACAGAUGUGUCAGCUGUGCAAGAGUUAGUCAAACUUGCACAUGACGUGGCCAAGGAGCUGAGAGCAUCAGUCGUUCAAGCCCGUAAAAUCAAGGACGACAUGUUUGAACUAAGAAUUACUGAAGAAACUUACAAGUUGGACAACAUACCUGGGAUGCCUUUUCAGAGAUGUAAAUCUUAGUACUGCAGACAGAGUGGUUAAUGAUAUUAGUGACUGCAAUGUACCUGAGUUGUUUUAAAAUGUAAUUGUGUUUUGAAAUAUUGACACUGUAUAUGAGUUGUCUUUGUGGUACCAGAACAGCAGUAAUUACAGGUUUGUGACAGUUUUGUGGUGAGUAAUUAAUGUUGAAGCUGGUAUCGCUUGUAUUGGACAGAUUGACUCUGACUGAUGUAUCAUUUACAUAGAUGUAAAUAAAGUGCUUUCAUGUUACCAUAGAA